AUGUCUACCACCCGCAACAUCGAUUCCAUCAACCCGAAGCAGGGCGAGUUCCACCCCAGUGUCCCCCGCUCUGAGCCUCUCACCACCAAGGGCCACAAGCCGGGCGUCAAGGUCGGCAACGACGCCUACCCCGAGUUCCAUGCCGAGACCUACCCCGCCGGCACCGCGCCAAAGGAGAACAGCUUUCAGCCCGAUCUUAAGCAAGCCACCCCCGGCCAGGCCCUGAACCCCAACGCCGAGACCUACACUUCACCCAACGACUUCCCCGGCGCCACCAGCGCGGACGUCAACACCGGCCUCGGCAAGCCCAUGCAGGGUCAGACUAGCAACGAGGUGCACGGCGCCCACCCUCGCCACCGAAAGAAGGAGAGCGCAGGACUCGAGGGCGUUGGUGCGUCCGCCCACGACAGCUUCAAGGAGCGCCACCUGGACCUGGGUUACGACCCGGCCUCCCGCAGGAACGUCUCGGACAUUCCCGGUGCGGAAGAGCGGUAUCCCGCCACCGCUGAAGAGGUUGCCAGCGAGAGGCACUGA